AUGACAACACCGGAUGUCUUUCGAGAUGCGGAAUACAUCGCUGACGUGUCCGGCAUCACAUAUGGCAGCAUCACGGACAUAUCACCGACGCUGCAUGACGAGCGUCUAAGGAAGAGGUUGCAGUCCGCUGCGAAGCUCGCCCUCAUCGACCGGUUGCUCCGCGAUAUUGAUAUCCUUAUCUAUUGCGAGCUAUCGGCGCUCUAUUACCUAGAUUGUUCAAUAGUCCUCUUCGCCAUCCGCGCCAUUGUACAACUAAUCUUCUUCACACCCAAAGCGCCCCCCUUUGACCCGAAUCGCAACCAGCCAUUCAUCGGAGCGAUAGUCGCGAGUAAUCUCUUUUGCAUGACCUUUCACAAAUUCUUCAGUCAACCUGAAGCUGGAGAAGCGACGAGAGGCUAUCUACAUGGCGGUAUCCUCAUCGACUUUAUCGGGCAGAAGGCCCCCGUGCCGGUCACGCGACUCCUCUGCCUUGACUUUCUCGUUAUGCUCCUCAAUAUCGUCAUGCUAGGCCUUAUCGUCGAGCGAGUAAAGGUCGCUGAUUCAAGGGAGCCUGUCGCACCCAGUAAUACCGCAAAUGCUGAAGCAGCUACAACAACUGCCGCCACUCAAACCGAACAAACCCAAGCCCAAACCCAAGACCACGACCACGAAGAACGAGGCCUCCAACGCCACGAAACACCCGAAACCUCCUCAACACCGCCCACCGAACCAUCACCCUCAUCCUCACUCUCACCUAGAGACCAAUCGCAAGAACCACAGCAGGAGCAGGCCUCCCCCUCACGAACCCCAUCCAACUCCAACCCUGAAGAUCCGAACCUCAACCCCGAAGUCUACACGCACACCCACACCCCAACAGAAGAAGACCUCGAACGCACGCGCCUCCUCGCCGACCCCUCCGAACACGGCACCCACACAACGCAUCAACACGCCCUCGACGCCUUCUCCUCCGGCGACGCCGUGAUCAUGCGCAUGGGACUCUUCAACGUCAUCCGCGACCAGUGGGCCUAUCGCCCGUCUACGACGCGGUGGUCGUCUGCGCCUUCGGAGCGGACGGCUGCGCUGCUGCGGGAGAGGUUUGGGUUGCAGGUUGGGGCCGACGGGCGGCUGGAGAGGAUUCCGGCUUGA